GGGUCAUUGGUCCAUUUGUAUAGGUAAAGUCUAGCAGCAGGUAUAAUAGGGGGCAGGUAGGGAGAUAAUAGGAAAAGAUCGGUGAGGAGAGAAUAGGUAACGUCCAGCGCUGUGACAUCACAGGGUUCGGGGUCCACAGGGGUCCCCCUCAGGCCUAUAAAAGGGCCACAUGAUCAGCGCUGCGCAGAGGGAAACACACACACUCCAUCUCGCAACCAUGGGAAAGAUCAUCUUCUACGAAGGCCGCAACUUCCAGGGCACAGCCUGGGAGUGCAACGGGGACUGCUCCGACACCUUCAGCCACUUCAGGUGCUGCAACUCCCUGCGCGUCAUGGGGGGCCACUGGGUGGCCUACGAGAAGCCCAACUUCAACGGCUACCAGUACAUGCUCAACAAGGGAGAGUACCCCGAGUUCAACCACUGGAUGGGCUUCAACAACUGCCUGCGCUCCUGCCAGAUGAUCCCUCCCUAUAGAGGAUCCUAUCGCAUGAGGAUCUACAACCGGCCCAACAUGUCCGGCCACAUGAUGGAGUUCAUGGAGGACUGCCCCAACGUCAACGAGCGUUUCCGUUACCGUGACAUCUACUCGUCCCACGUGAUCGAGGGCUACUGGGUGUUCUACGAGCACCCCAACUACAGGGGGCGCCAGUUCUUCCUGCGCCCCGGCGAGUACCGCGGCUGCAUGGACUGGGGCUGCGUCAACCCCAUGGUGGGCUCCUUCAGACGCAUGAGGCCCAGCCUGAUGUGA